CAAAAAGUAUUCUGUGCUUGACAACAGCUCCAAGAUUCUUUAAUUACAGGCAAAAUGUCUUUUCGCAAGAGAAACAUAGGCUUGUCAACCGGGCCUGACCGUACACCGGCCUCUAAUGCACCUGCGCAACCACACCGAGCCGUCCAGCCACCGCCGCCUUCGACACCCGGCGUGCGUCCCUCCCCCGACGACGGACGGCCGACCACUUCAACCGGUUCCCCGUCGCUUGACAACCUCUUAGCUGGGCACGGCGGGCUUGCUAUAGGGAAGACACUUCUAGUGGAGGAAAAUGGAACUACAGAUUUUGCCGGGGCAUUGCUCCGAUAUUACGCCGCUGAAGGAGUUGUGCAAGACCAGAGAGUGCACGUCAUCGGCAUGCCCGAGCAAUGGGGUAGAACCCUUCCGGGUUUAAUAGGACCUGCCGAGGCCGCAGAUGAAAAGCCAGACAGACGGAAAGGAGAGCGCAUGAAGAUCGCCUGGAGAUAUGAGCGUCUUGGAGAAUUUGGAGCGGGAGUCGCGGGCGCAAGAACUCCUGCAGCAACACCAGGAGACCAGAACCCUUCAUCUACGGACGGUAACUUAUCCAAGCAAGAAGCCUUCUGUCACGCGUUCGACCUAACGAAACGCCUCACACACCCUUCCAUCAGCAACAUGACCUAUAUUCCCCUUGUACCAACGAAUGAGCCUCUGCUCGUCACAAUCCAAAAGAAACUCCAAGCCGCCAUUUCCUCUAGUCCUCCGAACACCAUUCACCGAAUUGUCAUCCCAUCGUUUCUCAAUCCCACAUUAUAUCCACCCGAGGUCAGCGAACCUGAGAAUGUGCUACCGUUUCUCCAUUCGCUUAGGGCCCUCGCAAGCUCGCCCACAUCUCGCAUAACCGCCAUGAUAACAAUCCCACUUUCUCUCUUUCCACGUGCUUCAGGUCUCGUGCGAUGGAUGGAAAUUCUAAGCGAUGGGGUUAUUGAGCUCUGCCCUUUUCCGCAUUCCUCCGAUGCACUCUCAACAUCAGGAGCCGCCACAUCUCAUGAGGAACCCCCACAAGGAAUGCUCAAGACACAUCGACUUCCAGUUUUACAUGAGCGCGGUGGCGGGAGCGAUCAAAAUAUUGGGCAGGAUUGGGCAUUCACUCUCAGCAGGAGGAAGUUCGAAAUCAAACCGUUCAGUCUGCCCCCUGCCGAAGGAGACCAAGAAGCGCAAAAUACGGCUCAAUCCGAUAAAAUGCCCAAAAAGCAAGACCUCGAGUUCUAGGAAAGCGGAACUUGUAUCGAAUGGAGCAGAACACGGAUGUGCCGAAGUCAUUCUUCAUGAUCGGAUUCGACCAGCAUAUUGUCCAGCUCGAUUUGCUCGGACAUGGCGGGGCCAGUAUUGACCAUCGUGCGAAGGUAAUCCCUCCCGUAAGAGUCGAGCCCCGGCCUCGCGGACCUAACGAACCGAGAAUGAAACCGGCUACCUAGACAAGAAGAGAAAGCAAGCCAUGCUUUGGAAGUGUCAGUUGCGGAGAAUAUGAUGACCAGGGGGGAACAGGCGGGGUAGCAACCUAGGAAUAGUAUUAGAGGCGUGAAAAACACCAGAAAAAUAAGCAGGAAGAAAUUCAUCAUAGGAUCG